GGAAAGAAGAAUUAAGAAGUGUUGAAAAAGUACCACGCUACAAAUUAUUUCUAUGAAAACAACAAGCAAAAACGUAUGGCUUUAAUUACGGUGGAUGACAUGAAAAGAACAUGGCCAAGACCUGUUUAAAGAACAAAGAAGUCCUUGGCAUGCAAGCCCUGUGAAAAAGCAAAACCUCCACCAACUCGUCAACAUUAAAAGGGAUAAAACCAUAGUUAAACAAAGGAAAAAGUUUUUCGAUUUCUCAUACGCCGCGAAGCAAUCGUUUCUUUCUUUGGAAAGAAAAUUUUGCGAUACUGUGAAUGUUAUGAAGCAAAAUAAAUAAACUCUUGAUAUUAAAGACCUAUAUCAACAAAAGAAAUUCCCCUUUGUAUUGAAUAUACGAUAACACCCACACGAGAAGACAAAACACAACCACGAUAGGAUUCCAUAUAUCCAGCCAGCCAGCCAGCCAGCCAUCCACUUAACCAUCAACACAAUCCUUUUGCCCACUGCACCUGUUUUAUCAAGAACGGCCAAGGACAACAGACGGCUGUCUGACUGACACAGAGUAAGCUCUACGAAAAUGGAAAAUGAUGAAAAAUUGUUGCACGACGAUUAUGCGGCAGCUGCCAACACAUCUUCGCCCGCAUCGUCGUCCACCUCAAUAACUUCGAGUGGUGCCUCGCGUUGUGCGUUGGUGCGUACACCUUCGCCAUCGUCGGCCACAAGUCCGCAUACACCACCACUGCAGCCACUGGUGCAAACAUUUACGGCACCAUUACAUCGCAAAAAAGGUCGCCUGCAACGCUCUGAACGUUUGCAAACUGUUGACAGUUCCUCAAACAACUCGAGUGCAAAUAAUUCGACCACAACUCCCACUUCAUUUUCUGCCUGGGAGGCAUUGGUGAAAGAAAGCUUUGGACAGAUUGCAUGGCCAAUAAAAAUUACAUCGUGGGAAUUGGUGGACGAUCGCGUUAAAGUUGUGCCCAAUAGCUCAUCUGCCACCGAAUUAAUAUCCAGGCGUGGAGUAUUUUCACGACAUCAUUAUGGUUCAGUGGAUCAGUUACCGCAGUCAGAAUUGGAUGGCAUUGAUCCUAAUUUUAAACGUUUUCGCGUUGAAAAUGGUGAAUCACUUGCUGAAAAAGAUGAGGUAUUUGGUUCCCCCAGCACGCCUAUAUUGGAAAAUCCCGAACAUCAGACACGUUGGUAUUUCAAAUAUUUUUUGGGCAAAUUACAUCAAAACUAUGUUGGCAUUGAUGCUGAAAAAAGUCCAUAUUUUUUAUCGGUUGUAUCACAAGACUCAGGCAACCAAGGAGCUCCCAUGUAUCGAGCUAUACUAUUUCGCAAACAGGGUACACAAAAGAUUGCACUACCAUAUCAGGCUAAUCAGAAACUGACGGUUAAACAAAUCCUUACACACUUCAGUGGAAUCGAUGCAUCGACAAUGAAAAAUCCAAAAGAAAUUUUUGCAGCUGACAUUCAAAAGGAUUUACUAUUGCUGGAGGAGCAGGAAGGGUCGGUUAAUUUCAAAUUCGGUGUUGUAUACAUGAAGCCAGGCCAGUGCUGUGAUGACGAGAUGUUAAGUAAUCAGGAAUCCAGUCCAGACUUUGAAGACUUCUUGGAUGUUUUGGGUGAACGUGUACGUCUAAAAGGAUGGGAUCGUUUUCGUGGCGGUUUAGAUGUUAAAGGUGACAUGACGGGCAAGUACUCGGUGUAUACACUACAUGAAGGUCAUGAAAUUAUGUUUCAUGUUUCAACGCUGUUGCCCUUUUCCAAGGAUAAUCGACAACAGGUUGAACGAAAACGUCACAUUGGAAAUGAUAUUGUGAAUAUAGUAUUCAUAGAUCAAAGCACAACAGCAAAUGUUGAUACGGUCUUGCCAACAAUGUUUGAUCCCACAUGGAUAAAAAGCCAAUUUACACAUAUUUUUGCGGUAGUUACGAAGCAUGAGCAAAUGUAUCGUUUGGCCAUGUUUUGUGAUGAGAAUGUGCCACCAUUUGGUCCAACACUACCAAACCCACCCGAAUUUACAGAUGUGAACUUAUUUCGUGAAUUUUUACUUGUUAAAUUGAUUAACGCUGAAAAGGCAACGUUUCAAACACCAAUAUUUUCUCAGAAACGUGAACGUACCUUGGAAAUGCUUAUUAAAGACUUGCAUGAAGACUAUAUCGGUGAUAGUAAAUUGAAUAUGCUAAACAGACGAGCUUUCUCUGAGGUAUUGUAUGACGUGCCAAGAACAUCGAAGCUUAAGGAGGACGCUAGACAAAUUGAAUUCGUUCGCAUAGGCCAAGCACUCAAAUUGGAGGCCAUUGUACGUGGAGAUGCCCCCACUAGCAUUGCCUCGGCAAGUCCUUGUACGAUAUUCAAGAAACCACCCUGGGAGCCGCAUUGCUUCUAUCCCACAUUUCCACAUCGUGGCACAUUGGCAGGCGAUUCGUUUGGCACCACUGAUGACUCCUUAUUUAUAGCCACCGAUGAUGGCACAUUCUUGAUGAAAGAGGAUCAAUCACUACAGCUUGUCUUCGAUAAGACUUUACAUGUGCGGCAAUUGAGUGUUUUGGAGGAACAUGGCUUGGUUUUGAUACGCGGUGGUUCUGCCACAAAUCGAGAUGGUCAUCGCAUACAUGUUUUUCGUUUAAGAGAAUUUAGUGGAAAAUCAUCAGAGGAAACACUCAAAUGCCGUUCACGUUCCGAGGUUAAGGAGAGACGUAUCGACAGAACCCGCGGUUGCCAUUUAUACUCUUCGUCGAGGGUAAACGGUGGCCAUUUGAGGCUAGUAGUCGUUGUGGGACGAAAACUUCAAUUGUUCCAGUGGAAACAUACGGCCGCCUGGGCUUCAUGGUGUCCCGAAAAUGAUACCGAGACUGCUGAAGGUUUUAUAUUCCAAAAAGAGAUAUCCCUCAAUGAUACACCCAAUAUUGUGACACCCCUGGAGGGGCCCACGAAUACAAAGACCGGUGGUUUGAUAUGUGUAGGUUACAAAUAUCAUUAUGAAAUUGUCUGUGAUCAAAGUGGAGUUGCAACACGUCUGCAUGAAGUUGAACCGGCCAAAAGAAGUCAAACACAAUUGACAGCAGCCAUUGAACUAUGUGAUGGUCUGGAAACGGAACUACUAUUAUGCUAUAAUCAUACUUGCCAUUUCCAAAAACUAAACGACCGUGAAGAGACCCGCAAUGAAUUCGAUUUUCACUGGAACACCUCCCCAACGUCAGUGGUUUGCGCAUUCCCCUACAUACUUGGCUUUACAGCUGAUUCCAUGGAAAUACGUUUACUGGUCAAUGGAAACUUGGUGCAUACAGCCAUUCUACCCGAAUUACAGAUGCUCACCUCCAAGAGGGACAUCUUCUUUGUAACAACUGCUCCCGAAUUUAUGUCCAAAGAUUUAAACAUAAAAGGAUUACAGAUAAAUGAACAAACCCCAGAGCGUAGACUAGUGACAACACCAAGUGAAUGUUCUUCAAGUGAGGAAUUAACCCGUGACUCAUCAGAGCUCUUGAGUAUGGCCAGUGGCAAAGAUAUGCCAUUGAAUCCAGAACAUGAAAUGAAUAACCUUCUGGAAAUACCCAAUGUUUUGGGGGCCCAAGGUUUGGGCCAACCCAUACAAAGGGCUAGAUCUUUGCAAAAGUCCAGCAAUUUGGAGGAUAAGCCGAUCAUAGCUAAGAGCAAUUCAUGCGGUGAUGCCUACAACAAUGAGCACAAAUAUAACCCUUUGCGCAAUAGUCCCAUGGGUGGAGAGUCGCAAUUACAAAUGGGAGUACCACCCAAUUCGCCACGCACAAAUUCGAAUAAUAAUAGCAACAACAAUCACAAUAACAACCAUCCAAAGGCGCCAGCGCAGCACUCGCCUAUGUCGCCUACCAAACGCAACUCCAAAUACCGAAACCUUUUCUCCACAUCGAAUGGUAGUCAAACAACGGAUCACUAUUCAAGUUCCCCGGAUCGUUUAAAACCCUUGAGGGUCUAUCGCAUACCCUUGGCCAAGUUGGCGGGAGCCCAUUCACAUUUCCACAUGCAAUCAUUUAAUGCCACCGCCUCGGCCAAACUGCAACAGCAACAACAUCAGCAGCAGCAGCAAAAUCAUCCCUCACCCUUCAUACGUGACCAUAGCACACUCACAAAUAAGCUGCGACAGAAGUCCAUAGACAUUCAGUUACCAUUGCAAACAAUGGACAUUCCCGAAUGACAAUUGCCAGCGGCGCGAGGACCUUUCGAUGAAGAGGGCAACAAAGUGAGUGAUACGACAGUGAACAAAUCGCAUAUACCGCCGACAUUGGAAUUUAUGGAGAAACGCAAGUCCAUAGAUCUCUAUGACUAUGAUGACAAUAAAUUUAACGAGGAGGAUGAGAGACGCUUUGAGAUGCUAAUGCUGCAGCGUUAGAUUGAUGGAAAAGGAAUUUUCGACAAAAGGAUAACAGGACAUUUAGAUGAAUAACCAUUCAACCAUCCAACCAAACAUACAAAAAUUGGAAACAACAUUGAUAAGAUUAUUCUUUGUACAACACCACAUAGAUGCUUACAUCUGAAUUGAUCUACGGUUUCAAAAUUUGAGAAAAUUAAAUUACAUUAGCAUUAAAACAGAAUUUAAUGAAAAAAAAGAUACAAAACAAAUUGAGAUACAAAGUUCUUUUUAAGUUGCAUAGUGCAAUUGUUUUUUUUUUUUUCAUACUUCAAUGCUGCACUAUAUGUCUUGUUCUUUGAACGAAAUCUCUUAGUUCCUUCCUAAAUUUGAUUAUGAGAAAUAUACUCUUGGAACUUUCU